UGAUGAUGUAUGAAAAGGGUUAUCAGUCAUUUGAUCAAGCAGUGAGUGGAGUGACUGCCAAGUUGAAAGGUGUUGCUUUCGCCAACGUGACUAAUAAUCCAUCACUUGGAGCCACUGUCUGGGAUGCGGCUGAUUAUGUGAUACCACCACAACAGAAUUCAGCAUUCUUUGUGAUGACCAAUUUGAUUUAUACACCUGGACAGACAUUGGGACAUUGUGAAGAAUCACACGAUGUUUUUGGCAAUAGUUGUCACAAUGAUUCACAAUGUCACUCUGGACAGUUAGUUCAACGUGGUAGUGGAAUACAAACAGGGAAAUGUGUGAAUUCAACAAGGCAAGCAAAUUUACGUGUUUGUGAAAUAUAUGGUUGGUGUCCUACAGAACACGGUGAAAUUCCGAGACCACAUUUAUUAUCAUCAGCUGAAAAUUUCACAGUAAUACUGAAAAACAGUAUAGAAUUUCCACGCUAUCGAAUAAAGCGCAGGAAUAUACUUAAAUGGAUGAGUCGUUUAUUUCUGAAAACAUGUUUAUAUAAUCCAAAUGAUGAUAAAUUGAAAUAUUGUCCAAUUUUCCGUUUAGGUGAUAUAUUAAAAUAUUCUGAUCCAGUGAAUAAAGAUAUAUGGGAGACUGGUGGUAUGGUAUCAAUUCACAUUGAAUGGAAUUGUAAUCUAGAUUUCGAUGAGGAAAAGUGUUUACCGAAAUAUGUAUUUCGUCGAUUAGAUGACUUUCAGAGUAAUGUGGCGAAUGGAUGGAAUUUCCGAUUCAGUCAGCAUUACAUUGAUGGUGGUGUACGUAAACGUAAUUUGAUUAAAGCUUAUGGUAUACAGUUUUUCAUAACAGUGUAUGGAACUGGUGGUAAAUUCAAUAUUUUAACAUUUUCAAUGAACUUGGGUUCUGGAUUGGCACUACUCGGUAUAGCAACUGUUCUAUGUGAUAUGAUCAUAUUGAAUACAACAAGAAAACGUAGUGUAUAUCGUAAAGCUAAAAUUGAUUAUAUUGCUGCAAAACGCCGUAAACAACAAGAAGGAGAGUUGAAGAAUAAAAGUAAAGUAGAUGAUUGUGAUGAAAUGACAAAUCGUAAUAAUAAAACGUUUGAAUUAAAACUUUAUCCCGGUAAUUAUCAUCCUGAUAAAAUAAAUAUUGAUAGAGUGAAAAUUUGUGAUCGAAAUAGUUUAUUAUUCUGUGAUCCUGUUUCACAUUCCAUAUGGGUUGAUAAUAAUCAAUGUAAAAAACGAGAAAUGAGUAAAUGUCAUUUACUUAUUUCAAAAAAUGAACAACUUUCUUUAGAUCAACCAAGUUUUCUUGGAUUUCAUUAUACUCCAUCAACAACAUCUUCAUCACAAAUUAUCAAUAAUAAAAAAGAAUCAAAAUGUGAAAAUAAUUCAAAAAAUUUCUUAACAAAUCCUUUAAAUGAAUAUUUCACUUCUAUUCCUUAUAAAAAUGAGAAUAAUGCCUCUUUUUUAAAAAAGAAUACUAUAUCAAUCAAUGAUUCGACUUAUACUACAACUACAUAUUCAAUACAGAAUUCAAAAUAUAUUCAAUGUGAUUUAAAGUCAACACAAUUGUCAACAUUUAUGAAAGAUUCAAAUUUAAAAACUACUAAUACUACUCAUACUACUACUACUAAUAAUACUACUUAUACUGAAAUAGAAUUAUUAAAAACUAUUUCAACAUUACCAAAAUGUUGUACAUCAUUUAUAAAACCAACAAUUAAUCCCCAACAAAAUAUUCUUAUCUAUCCAAGGAAGUAGAUUAAAGAAAGAAUAAAAAAAAACAAAAAAGACACAUACAAUUUAUUAUCAUUUAUGAAACAUCAGAAAAGAAUACUGGUUAGUUUGUGAAUAUCCAUGUUUGUUUGCUUUUUGUAAAAAAAAAAAAAUAAUUUUUUUCUUUUUUUUUUAUAAGUAAGAGAGAACAAAUUAUGUUUUUGUUUAUUAAAUGAUUCGUUAAUCUAUUUUAAGAAAAAAAUUUAGAAGAGUUAAGCAAGAUAAUAUACUUUGGUCAAAUACUUCAGUAAUGUUUCUAUUUUCUUUUUUCUUUUUUUGAAAAAUGAAUAUUUUUUCGGACGAAGAAUAUUCUUCAACAAUUUCUUAUCAGGCUACACAAUUAUCAUAUCCAAAUUAAUAAUCCAUAAAACUGGACAGGUUUAAGGCAGAGUACAUUAUUAUUAUUAUUACACUUGCUAACGCUUUUGAGGAACUUAUUCAGUAUCCACCCCUAUCUGCUAAUUCUUGCUUAAUUCAUAUUAUUCUACAUAUUACGUAAUUCCUGAUUUGUAAUUACAUUAUUUUCUCUCCCUCUCUGUUACCGCAUGUUGACCAUAUUUAUUCUGAUCAUUGUUUACCGCACAAUUUCAUUUCACUUAUAAACUGAUUCAAGUUAACAUUUCAUAUUAGUCAGCUCCAACAUUAACGAUUUGAAUCGAUUUUUAAUAACAAACAAUCCUUAAUUCACAUAUUACAAUCUUAAAUGAUGUACUCUGCCUUAAACUUGGCCAAUUUUAUGAACUAUUAAUUUGAAUAUGAUAAUUAUGUAGCCUGAUAAGAAAUUAUUGAAAAGAAUCUUCUUUAUUCAUAUAAUUGUGUUUUAAUAAAGUGGGAAUGUUUCAGCAAAUAUUUAUUCAAUAAUCAAUAGUUUUAUGAUGGUUUUAAUAAGGUUUUCAUCAACUGGGAAAAAAGCACACUAAAAAUAUAUUUACUUUUUAUUACAUAACAAAAUAUUUUAUAUUUUAAAUGGUUGUUGCUGUUUCUUUCUUUUUUUUCUUGUUUAACCUAAUCUAUAAUAAUGUGUUAUUGAUUAAUCUUCAAUUCGGUUAUUUUUUAACCGAGAGAAAAACUAACAAACAACUUUAUUGGAUCUUUGACAUCACCAUAGUAACAUACAAAUAUUUCUGAGGUUGUAUAUUUUGAUUUUUUUUAUAAAUGGACUUGACAAAUAUUAAAUGUAACUAUAAUUAUUGUAUAACAAUAAACAAAUCAUACAUAAUGAAUUAGGAAUAUGUAAAUUAUCAUUAGCUUUGCUUCUAUUCACUUGUUAUUUUAUUUUUAUUUUAUGUUAACAUCUUGUAUUCGGGAAUUUCGGUUAAUUAUUUGUUGUUGCGUGUUCUUACCAUGAAAUAAAAUAUAGUUGAUGAAACAUAAAACAUUUUUAAGUAAAGAUGGAUAAGUGGCGAGUAGUGGAAUCCAGGAUGUGCGUUUCGUCCUGUUUGGGACUCGUCAGAUGGAUGUGCCUGCAUUUCACAGUUGAUGUUCACUCUGGGACUCGAACUUGUCACUUGAGGCUAUAUGGAGGCAAUUCGUACAGGAUGCAUAUAUGGCAACAUGAAACUGAUCAAUUGUAUUGCUAAAUAGCAAUGAGAAACAACACUAUGUGAAUAUAAAUGGUUGUUUUUUU